UAGUUGUACCGAUGCGAGCGGUCGCAGCCAUCGCCGAGUCGAACCGCCGCCUCCUCCGUACGAAAUCGCCGAGUCCGCAGAGCUCCUGGUUUCGCGAGAUCGCUCCAGUAUCGCGCUGCUUCACUUGUGCGUCUUUACCUUCCGCGCUUUUCGUUUGACUUGCAACUCGGAAAGUCGGGUGAUUUUUGUCGCGACGCUGCUCCCAGAGCGGUUUUGAAAGGGGACGACCUCGACUGGCCUUGUCCCUUACCGCCACCGCCAUCUCCACCGCGCCCGGCGACGACAACGACGUCGGCGACAACGACUGCGCUGCGCUAAGCGGCGGCCCUCAAGUCUGCGAGAUCUCGCUUCUGCCGAGGGAACCGGCGCGGAUCUCAGUCGCUCGGAAGUCAGCCAAGCGCACUCACUGGGAUUAUGGGUCUUCAAGCGGCGCAGGCCGCUUUCGCCGCCUGCUGCCUGGUACUGGUGGCGUCCGCACCAAGAGACUCAGUCUACUACAUCCCAGUCUUUGACACCGAGACCAUAGUUUACCCCGUGCUGCAAGAAGUCGACGACAGUGCGGUGCUUCUCCAAAUUACGGACGGCUACGAACUGAUGCUCCAUCAAGAGUCCGUGUUGCCUCCAAGGCUACUGAUCAGAACAUUCAAGGAUGGCAAGCCAGUGGACUCAAUUCUGCGGACCACGAGGAUCGGCAAGAACAUCUUCUCGGACGAACACGGUGCGGCGAGCGUCAUGAUCCGGAGGAACCGCGAUACCAAUCGCACGACCGUGGAAGGAAUUCUUGAGAACGACCUGCGUAUCAUUCCGAUGAACGAUAAAGACAAUGUGAAUGCACACAAGGUAUUCCGUGUCAAAGACAAGUCCGCUCACGUAUUGGAUUCUAUUCUUACCAACAACGCCACGCUAGCUGAUGACAUCCAGACCAAUGAAGUCACCAAAGCCGACUUAACGAACAGAACUCUGUCAGUUCGUCCUGAAGUAGUCAUCAUAUCAGACUCGGUGCACAACCGCAGCUUCAAAACACGCGGUGAUCUCAUCCGUUAUGUCGGGAUCUUCAUUAACGCCGUCAAUCUCAGGUACGCGACAGCCACAGGAAUCGACAUCAGAAUGAAGCUAACGGCAAUCAUUAUCAGCACGCCUGAUCAAGAAACCUACAUCAGGUACGCUGGGAACUACGUCAACGCAGACCAAACCAUUGCCGCGCUCACACUGAGGUUGGCUUCGGGCUACAUUCCCGGCAACUACGACAUGGCAUACCUACUCACAGGGCGAGACAUUGCGCAAGUGACACCAUCCAACUCGCUCCACAUCGCUGUCGCCGGCGUGGCUUACAUCGGAGGUGCCUGCACCGUGCAGAGGACUGGUUUGGGCGAAGACAUUCCGGGAACGUAUGACGGCGUUCAGGUGGCAACGCACGAAAUGGCUCACUUAAUGGGAUGCGUUCACGACGGUGACCCUCCACCGGACUACCUGGCCGACUCGCCUGGAGCAACCGACUGCCCUUGGGACGAUGGCUUCAUCAUGAGCUACAAGGACGGAGGCCUAAACAAGUACAUGUUCUCACAGUGCUGCGUCAACCAGAUUAUGCAUUUGCUAAGACGUGGAAGUCAUAACUGCCUUCUGGAAGAGUUCAACUAUCCCCUAAGACUAGACAAGCGUCUCCCAGGAGAGCAGUUGCAGCCAAUCGACUACUGCCGGAUACGAUUCCCUGAGAUACCCUACGUGUGGACGGACGGAAACCCGGCGGACUUGCUGCAAUGCAAGAUACGUUGCAGCUACCCUGUAAAUCCAUAUACGGGUCUCUACGUGUUCAGGCAAGCGAACGCUCUGGACGGUACGACAUGCGCAGAGGGCAAGAAAUGCAUCAACGGUGUAUGUCAAUGAAGUCACUCAAGACAAAAUCAAGAGGAGACGUUCGACGAAAUCCUCUCUGUACAGUGUAUAAAACGUCGCGCGGCCGCUGCGUUAUUUAAUUUGCAACUUGUGAAACUGUACUCAAUAAAUCCUCACUGUUUUA